AUGGGUGGCGGCCGUUGUUGGCACUCAGCGCUACAGGGGCAGCCCAGCCCCCUGACAGCAGGGGAGCCCCAUGAGCCCCACGGCCCCCCGCUCCCAGCUGAGCGGACCGUCUCCCCCACCCGUGACAUGCCCCCGCCUUGCACUGGAUCCGGGACGACCACCACGGGAGACACAGAAGUCCUGCCACACCCUGUAGAAGCUCCGCUCCAGCACCAGCACCGCAGCGACGGUGGCCAGCGCACCCUGGGUACAGCCUGUCCAGGGACGCGCCGACGAGACCUGUUCACGUAUGGGGCCGUGGUCCACUACUCGUGCCGAGGGAGCCGCAGUCUCGUGGGCAACAGCAGCAGAACCUGCCAGGAGGACAGUCACUGGAGCGGAGCCCUGCCCCACUGCACAGGAAAUAACCCUGGAUUUUGCAGUGAUCCAGGGACCCCAGCCCAUGGGUCCCAGCUUGGAGAGGAGUUUAAGGCCAAGAGCCUCCUCUACUUCUCCUGUGAAAUGGGCUACCAGCUUCGGGGCUCGGCCGAGUGGACGUGUCUGCUCAACGGGUCCUGGUCAGGACUGCAGCCCGUGUGCGAGGCUGUGUCCUGUGGGAACCCGGGGACGCCCGCCCACGGCAGGAUCGUCAGCAGCGACGGCAUGCUGUUCUCAAGCUCCGUGGUCUACACGUGCUGGGACGGCUACAGGACCUCAGGGCUGACCACGCGCCACUGCACCGCCAACGGAACCUGGACCGGCACGGCCCCCGACUGCACGCUCAUCAGCUGUGGAGACCCAGGGACCCUGGCUAACGGCAUCCAAUUCGGGACCGAUUUCACCUUCAACAAGACGGUCAGCUACCAGUGUAACCCCGGCUACACCAUGGAGCCCGCCACGUCCCCCACCAUCCGCUGCACCAAGGACAGUGCCUGGAAUCACAGCAAACCAACCUGCAAAGCCAUCACAUGCGGCCAGCCUCCUCCGGUCCAGGAUGGGAAGGUGGAAGGAACGGACUUCCGCUGGGGUGCCAGCAUCAGCUACAGCUGCACCCACGGCUUCCAGCUCUCCCAGCCCGCCAUCCUCUCCUGUGAAGGCCGAGGGGUCUGGAGAGGCGAGGUCCCCCAGUGCCUGCCUGUGUUCUGUGGGGACCCCGGCACCCCUGCGGAGGGGCGCCUCAGUGGCAAAAGCUUCACCUACAGAUCCGAAGUCUUCUUCCAGUGCAAGUCCCCCUUCCUCCUGGUGGGGUCGUCCCGGAGAGUCUGCCAGGCAGACGGCACCUGGAGUGGCGUCCAGCCCACCUGCAUUGAUCCUGCUCAUAACACCUGCCCAGACCCUGGUACUCCAUAGUUUGGAAUACAGAAGAGUUCAGGAGGAUAUGAGGUAUUCCAUUUUUAUUUUACUACGUUUUUCUCUAUGUGAAAGUGUAAUUGAUACUUAAAUACACACGUGUUUAUGUAGCAUAUCUGACUCAUCUUACAUUUGCCCAAAUAUAGUCCAUUCAGAAAGAGGAUUUCUGCUUAUUAUGUUAACUGUUAGAACUGAGACAACUGUAUCUGAUUCACAU